AUCGAGUAGGCUAUCCUACAAAAAAAGUGAAGCCCUUGUUUAAGCGAAUGUCAACAAACCAUAAGUUGUCCUGCUUACGUAUACAGUUGCGGGGUGUAGGUGGUAAUAAAGGACGACGUUAAAAGUUCCUGUCAACGAAGAGUGGUUUCUAAACCGUGGGUUUAACCAGAGUUUGCUCUUGAUCGCAGUGAUAACUCUGUAUAGCGGACGAAGUUCUUUAGAUGUAAAGCUUUUUUCUGUUAAGAACACAACGUUAACUUAGGGGGAAAGUGAGCGUCUUAACACCGCGUUUCUCCCGCGCAGUGUAACCCAAUCCGUCAUGCGGCUAUGAGCGCGGUCGCCCGCGUCCGUCCACACGAUGCUAUAAAGCACUGCCUGGUUUGACAUCUUUCCAGCGAAGUGCGUCUCGUGGCACCAACUAGAGACUGAGAUAACCUGACUCUUUUGAUUAUAGGUCACCGCUUUUCUUCUGUCGUAGACAGUUUGUUCAGCCUUUUGCUCUUUCUCCUCUUCCUAGCUGCCCGUCAGCACUUUUGCAGUAAUUCUUGCCUCAGUUAGCCGAGGACAGUGCGUGACUCGAUCUGAUACACCGGGAAGCCGAAAGGGAAGUGUACUUAAGGGGAAAGCGUGUCAGCUAUAUGCCAGGUCCAAGGAGCGGCUAUGUGGUAAUUCUAACCACACCAUUAACAGCAGUACCAUCCUCAAUUUUAAAACAAUCCCCACAGGAGAAGUGGGGUUCGUCGCAUCAAGGCGUGCUCUUUUUUUCGCGCAGCAUCCCUUUUGUAUGAUCUCUUUCGUUCACUAUCUGGCAGCGCAAGGGCAGGUCGCUGGAGCAGGAGGUCAGCCCCGACGUUUUCUCGGACUCUACUCACUGCAGGGGUUGAGUCAGAGCGGGCGGCCAGGUGGAUAUAUUUCUCGGUUCAUUCGCCGGGAGGGAACGACUCCUUCCCAAGACAGUUCAACACAUCUCCGGAGCAGAAUUCGCUAAACAUAAAACGCACCGGCUUUGGGGUUCUUACAGUACCGGUGGUGUUACACUUAUUUUUGACCAUGAUAACAAAUGAAAAGCUGUUGUAAGAGUUAUGCUCUUUGAGCUUAAUUUCUCUUUCAUGCACCAAGGGAACGUGAGGUGUAGCAUUCUGUAACAGUAAAGUCAAGUCAUCGUGGAAGGAUGAAGAUGUUUGGGGAUAUCAGCUCAAUCGUUUCGCAUGCCUGUUGUGUAUUUUUAUUCCUACUGUGGAUAACACUCGGGACGGCGGUUGUCGAUGUGGUCGGGUCCCAUCAAGGGAUACCCCUAUCCGUUGUAAAGCUAUGGGCCUCUGCGUUUGGAGGAGAGAUUAAGUCCAUCUCAGCAAAGUACUCAGGCUCUCAGCUUCUACAGAAGAAAUAUAAAGAGUUUGAGCGCUCUGUGCAUGUGGAGGAGAUUGACGGACUCAAACUGGUCAAGAAGCUGGCCGAGAACUUGGAGGAGAUGUUCCACAAGAAGGCAGAAGCCAUGAAGCGAUUGGUAGAAGCAGCAGAGGAGGCCCACCUGCAGCAUGAGGAGGACCCUGACCUGCAGUAUGAGUACUUCAAUGCAGUGCUGAUAAAUGAGGUGGAUGAAGAGGGGAACAGUAUGGAGCUGGGUGGAGAUUUCAUCCUGCAGCCCAACGACCACUUCAACAACCUGUCCGUCAACCUCAGCCUGAGCGUGGUGCAGGUGCCCACCAACAUGUACAACAAAGACUCAGCCAUUGUAAAUGGAGUGUACUGGUCCGAGGCCCUGAACAAGGUGUUUGUGGACAACUUUGAGAGAGACCCAUCUCUUAUAUGGCAAUACUUCGGGAGUGCAAAGGGCUUCUUCAGACAAUAUCCAGGUAUAAAAUGGACCCCGGAUGAGCACGGUGUCAUAGCGUUUGACUGUCGAAAUCGAAAAUGGUAUAUUCAGGCGGCGACGUCUCCUAAAGAUGUGGUGAUCCUGGUGGAUGUGAGCGGCAGCAUGAAGGGCCUGAGGCUGACCAUCGCCCGCCAGACUGUUUCCUCUAUCCUGGACACGCUGGGCGACGACGACUUUUUCAACAUCAUCGCUUACAAUGAGGAGCUGCAUUAUGUGGAGCCAUGUUUGAAUGAAACGCUGGUCCAGGCUGACGUCGCCAACAAAGAUCAUUUCCGGGAGCAUCUGAAUAAGCUGUUUGCCAAAGGCAUCGGUAUGCUGGACUUGGCCUUGACCGAGGCAUUUGAGCUUCUAAAUGACUUCAACCAGACGGGCAGAGGUAGUGUGUGUAGCCAGGCCAUCAUGCUGGUAACCGAUGGGGCAGUGGACACGUAUGAUGCCGUCUUUGCCAAGUACAACUGGCCUGACAGGAAGGUCCGUAUAUUCCCUUACCUGAUUGGCCGCGAGUCCGCCUUCGCCGAUAAUCUCAAAUGGAUGGCCUGCGCCAACAAAGGUUACUUCACCCAGAUCUCCACUCUGGCGGAUGUGCAGGAGAACGUGAUGGAGUACCUGCACGUGCUCAGUAGGCCCAAAGUCAUCGAUCAGGAACAUGACACCGUGUGGACAGAGGCCUACGUAGACAACACGGCUCAGCAGAUGAAGGACAGCGGGGGGCCUGUGAUGAUGACCACCGUGGCCAUGCCUGUCUUCAGCACCAAGAAUGAGACGAGGAACAAAGGCAUCCUGCUCGGAGUGGUCGGCACCGACGUUCCCGUCUCGGAGAUUCUGAAGGCCAUCCCCAAGUGGAAGCUGGGCAUCCAUGGAUAUGCUUUUGCCAUAACCAACAAUGGCUACAUCCUUACCCAUCCAGACCUGAGACCAUUGUAUGAAGAAGGGAAGAAGAGGAAGAAGCCCAACUACAGCAGUGUGGAUCUGUCCGAGGUGGAGUGGGAGGACAAGGAGGACAUGUUGCGCAAUGCCAUGGUGAACAGGAAGACCGGAACUUUCUCGAUGGAGGUCAAGAAAACGAUUGAUAAAGGGAGACGUGUUCUUGUCCUGCACAAUGACUAUUACUACACAGACAUAAAGGGGACCCCCUUCAGUCUAGGGGUGGCUCUGUCCAGGGGACAUGGGAAAUAUUUCUUCAGAGGGAGUGUCACCAUAGAGGAAGGAUUACAUGACCUGGAGCACCCUGAUGUGGCCUUGGCAGAUGAGUGGACCUACUGCAACACAGACGAGCACCCUGAGCAUCGCUACCUGUCCCAGACUGAAGCCAUCAAGCUCUACCUCAGUGGCCGGGAGCCACACCUCAAGUGUGACAAGGAGCUGAUUGAGGAGGUGCUGUUUGAUGCCGUGGUAACCGCUCCCUUGGAGGCGUACUGGACAAGCCUGGCUCUCAACAAAUCAGAGAACUCCGACAAGGGGGUGGAGAUUGCCUACCUGGGCACGCGGAGCGGCCUAUCGCGGAUCAACUUGUUUGUGGUGCCCGAUCAGCUGAACAGUCCAGACUUCCUGACGGCUGAAGAUAAAGAGGGAGUGUUUACAGCGGACCACUUCCCCCUGUGGUACAAGAGAGCUGCGGAGCAAGUGCCAGGCACCUUUGUCUACUCUCUGCCCUUCAACGCAGGAAAUGAAAACAAGAGCGUGGUGUUGGCCAGUACAGCCAUUCAGCUCCUGGACGAGAGGAAGUCACCCAUCGCUGCAGCUGUUGGGAUUCAGAUGAAACUGGAGUUCUUUCAGAGAAAGUUCUGGACUGCCAGUAGACAGUGUGCUGCUCUCGAUGGGAAGUGCUCUAUCAGCUGCGAUAAUGAUGACAUCAACUGUUACCUCGUAGACAACAACGGCUUCAUCCUGGUGGCAGAAGACAACUCAUUGACGGGCAUGUUCUUCGGCGAGGUGGAGGGGUCCGUCAUGAGCAGGCUGCUCUCCAUGGACUCCUUCAAGAGGGUGACACUCUAUGACUACCAGGCCAUCUGCAGGAUCUAUGCAGAGAGCAGUGACAGUGCCCACAGCCUUCUAUCUCCGUACUUUGCUGUCUUCGCCGCAGUCAAAUGGCUUCUCACCGAGCUUGUCAUAUACCUGGUGGAGUUUAACCUGUACAGCUGGUGGUACUCUGAUCUCACAGCCAAAGCCCAGAGAGGAGGCAGGACAAUGCUGGUUCCAUGUGAUACGGAGUACCCAGCCUUUGUGUCAGAGCGCACUAUCAAAGAAACCACAGGGAACAUCGACUGCGAUGGCUGCAUCAAGUCGUUUGUCAUCCAGCAGAUCCCCAGCAGUAACCUCUUCAUGGUGGUGGUGGACAACAAGUGUGACUGUCAAGAAGCUGGCCCAAUCACCAUGGAGCCCAUUGAGAUAAUGUAUAACGAGUCUUUGAAAUGCGACCGGCUAAGGUUCCAGAAGGACAGGAGGCGGCCAGACACCUGUCACCCCUUCCACCCUGACGAAAACUCAAUGGAGUGCGGUGGAGCACACAGCUUGACCCCGUCUCUCAUGGCAACGCUGCUGGCCCUUUUGGCAGCCCUCUACCCCAGGUGACGACAGAUGACGCUGCCCCCUGACCUCAGGCUUGGCUCGGCACAGUCCAGCUUGGCUAGGCAUGCAAAAAAAAAUUAUAAAAAAAUAAACAUAAAAUAAAACAGAUUAAAAAAUGUAGUUAUGUCCCACCACGCGAUGAAGAAAAAAAUAAAGCGGUUCAAGACCAACCUGUUUCACCUGGACUCAGACACAACUCAGCGCAACAAGAGUCCGUCCCCCCCCCCCCCCCCCAUGGAGAAGUUGUUAUGGACGUUAUGACUUUAAGAGUAAAUGUGAUUACAAAAAAUAUGAGUCAUAGGCUGGUGUAAUACUGCCAUGUUUGUUGAGUUUUCUGAACUAAGUAAAAUAAAAAUAUGAUAAGUGGAUAGAUAUUAAUAUAACAUAUUUAAGUAUAUACAAAUAAAUUAUGAAUAUGUAAGUAUGUUUAAAAAAAGAGAAAGUUUAUCUUUGAUUUGCAAGUGGUAACCAUACAACUGUGACCCCAGACCGCCAGAGUCUGCCGACAUAAGUGGUUAUUCUAUUUGAGCUUUGCCUUAUUCUGAACGAUAUUGGUCCUGUUUGUGUACUUUUGAAAUAAAAAAAAAAUCAAAGUCUUCAAAAAA